AUGGGUACACCCCGAGACUACUAUGCAGACUUAGAGCUGCCACCGACGGCAGACGCCGCGGAAAUUCGAAAACAAUAUCGAAAACUUGCUCUCAAGUAUCAUCCAGAUCGCAAUCCUGGACGAGAGGCAGAAGUGAACACCCAGUUCCAGAUUAUCCAGACGGCGCACGAGAUUCUUUCCGACCCUGAACAGAAGGCCAAGCACGAUGCUUCGCGAGGUCGCGGCAGAUUCCCAGGAGCUUCGGGUGUUAAGGGUAACCCGUGGUCAAAUGUCAGCGCCCAGUAUCCGCCCCCUCCUCGACGCAACAAUGCAAAUCCUCGAGCUCCGCCAUCGGGCGCACAAAGAUGGCAACGUUUUUCUACGGGAGUUCCUCCCACUGCAAAGCAGUAUACAGCAUCAGAUGCCGAAUCGAAGAAGAAUGCUGCCCGAGCAUUUGAAAAUAUGCGAAAGGGUGCAUCGACCAAGGCGAAUGAUCAACCACGACCUCCCCCUCCACCUCCGCCACCACGGACUGAGUCUGCCAGGCAGCGUCAGGAGGCCUCGUUUGGUGCAAGAAAGACGGGCUUCCAUCCUCGGACAACAGUGGGCGAUGAACCACCUGUAUCAAGUAGCAACUACAGCUCGAGACCUGCUUCGGAACGAUAUGCGCAGCGAUUUGGCCCCGACGUCACACAACAAGCACCUCCUCCUACUCCCCAACGGCCUCCCCCAACUGCGAUGCCUGAUCCGUUAAGUCAAUUCAGAGAUCGAGACAGUACAGCGGACCCCCGACAAAGCAGUCCUUAUACAUCACAAGGAGGCGAAAAGACUAAUCCUUUCGAUGGCAUCUCAAUAAACCGGGCUAAGAGUACUCGGGAAGCUACUCGCCAAGAUCAAUCUGCCUCUGAAAAUGAAGCCUUCAACCGACAGCGCAGCGCCAGUGCACCGAAGGGUGGAAAGACCGAGGACGAUCCUAUGAACAACAAGGUUCCUGAACAACCUUCGAUACCUAGGGAUCCGGCAGACCGGCCUAAGGCGCCAUUAAAGAAAACUCGGAGUGGUUUCAAGAGUGUUCCGCUGGGACCUAACCAACAGGCUACCGAGUUUCCCGUAAAUGAUAAGCCAACUGAUUCACCUGGUGGCCCAACAAUGUAUGGCAACCCAUUUUCUACAACAUCUAGCCGCCCAAUCCCCAAGAGCUCCAACAAGUGUCGUAGUCACCAUGGGUAUGAUUCCUUGGGGAAUCACUGCCCGUAUGAAAUCCCUAUCAAGCCUUCUCUGCCGUCGCCUAGUGGUAGACAGGAUUCACCGCAUAGAUUGACUCCUUUUGAGCGCCAGCAACUGGAGCUCUUAUCACAACUCAUCGACAACGCGAGUCCCGACAGCCCUGCUAAGAAGCCGAAGCUCAAUGACCGCAGCUCUAAAAACUCCGGCAUGCCGAAUCGUGCUAACAAAGUCUACUCGAACAGCUUUAGUUUCCCUGUCAAUGAUGACACUUUCGCGCGAACAUCACCUGACCACCAUCGAUUCUCCCGACGAAGCACUGAUGAUAUUAACACUAGUUUUGCUGACGAAGAAGAUGCUACUGGAUGGGAGUUUAAUGCAGGUGGAGCUGAACAGGACAGCCCAACUAUGCCCCGAAAGCCAGGUCGCCGAUCCCCGGGGAAGCGUCCCCCGAUGAGCGGCAAGAGUACACCAAGUUUCAUGUCUGAUACUGAGAGAUCCGACUCUGCUAAGCCCGAGUCGGCCUUUAACCCUGCAGGUUGGGACUUUGGUCCCCAAACAUUUGUUCCUCAGCCGUCAAAGUCUGUGUCCCCUACACGGUCUACCCGAACGAACUCACGAAAGCCGAAGGCGUCCAAAAAGUCAAGCCAUGCCAAUCUUGUGGACGACAGCAGCAGUGAAGAUGAGGUUUUGGAAUGGCGUGGCCGAAAGGUGCAAGAAGAGCCACCUGCUGCCGAGAGUCCCCAGGCUAUGGACAUAGAUACUCCUCCUGCGCCGUCUUCCAUGCCGCCGCCUCGACCCCCAAAGGUACCUUCACCCCAGCCAGCUCAGACCACGCCUUCACCACAGCCUGCCCAGCCUGUGAACCAACCUCAGCAACCCGUUGAAACGAACCAGGCCCCUGGAGUGGUGCCUGUUCCUCAUGCGGCCCGAAACAUCAACGUUGAACCCACCAGACCCGAGUGGCGACCAGGCAAUGUGGACACCGUCAAUGGUAACGAGCAGAGACCCGAGAGCCCCAGAAAGACGUUCAAUCCAAACAACGUGGGGUCUGAAGACAGUGAAGAGUUCCGAGCUAGCUUCGCAGACCUCAGAAAUGUGGCCCCAUUCUCUCAACAGAGUUCCGGCCUGAAGUCUUUCUCCGAUCUGAAGGACAACUUGCCGUUUGAAAGUAAAGCGGCGCCGCAGAUUCCGAUGAAGCUCCCCAAAGUGCACCCAUUGAUCUUUCCGGCAGCACCUACUGCUCCUCAAAUCCCAGCUGCGGCCACUGUUAACGGCGUAAAGCCAAGCGCGCUUUCUUGGGAGACCUAUGUCAAAGAUUUUGAACAUUACUUGAAGCAAUGGGACACAUUCAAUGCCCAAGUCGUCGACCAUUUUGCUACCCGGAAAUCGCACAUCGCUCGUACCCGAGAAGAAAAGGGUUAUUCAUUCUUGGAGAAUCGGGGUGAUGCUGACAUUCAGGAGUACUACAACUGGCUCGAACAGGAUAUGGACGUUCGUCGACGCUGGGCAGCCGCAUGCGAGGAGCAUGAGCACCGAUUCCGAGAAUUCAUGGCGUUUCGAAUGAAGAUGAAGUAA